AUGGAAGCGGAUUUCUUUCUAAAUUCAUUGGAUUCAUUGAAUCUCAGUGGUCAGUGGCAACCAUCCUCAACGCCAGAUAUAUUAGAUUCUUCGUUGAAUAGUCAAAUUCUUGACGAUAUCGUUCUAAGUACAGAUGAUUAUCAACAUGCAUCAUCAUCCACCUCUGAUGAUAUAUCGAAUGCUUUAAUUGAUCCUGGCAUGGAUCUAGUUUUUGAAGGUUUUUCACCAGUUAGUAAUUCCGAAGAAAAUGAUGAUAUUUCCGCGUUAAUAUCGACACCUAUUGGUGAGCUAUCAACACCUACUGGUGAAGUGCCGACUCAAAGUACAAUUGAACAGACUCUGUAUCGAAUGAGUAUUAAUCAAACUAAUACAGAUAUGUUAUCAUCAGUUCAAAUUGGUAGUUCACCAGUAGAACAAAAUAAAAUCGAUAAUUCAAUUUUAGCAAGCAAAGUUGUUCGUAAUCAACAACGUCUAUAUAAAAAUGCAUCAAAAUCAAGAAAAAGUUCUAGUUAUCGACAGGCUUCAUCAACUGUUGCUCCAAUUGAUGUUCUUUCAAGUUAUGGUGUUUGUCAACCAUGCACUACAGCACAAAUGGAAGAUGACUUAGAUUUUGCAAAAGUUCUUCAAAUGGAUUCAAUGGAAUCACGAAAUAAAAUUCAAAUAAAAUCUCAUCCACGCGAAAAGUAUCGCCCACGAACAGAAAAAGAAAGUCAAACUGCAGCACAUUAUCUUCGAUGCGAACAAAACAGUGGAGAUGAACAUCCAUCUAUUUAUAUACCUUUUGAAUGGUGUCUUCAAUCGCUUAAAAACAUCAUUCAAGUUACUCUGGUUGGCGUAGAUAAAGAUUCACAUUGCUAUAAAAUUCGUAAUAAUAAAUCUAGUACCGAUGAAACUGCACCGAUCUUUCAAAAACUUGAAGAUCCACAUUCAUUAUAUUUUUAUGUAACUGAAGAAGAUAUUAACAAAGGAUAUAAAAAUUUUAUGAUUGAACUUAUUAAAAGUAAACAGGAUGAAAUUAUAACAAAAGAUUUAAUUAAAACACGACAACUAGAGCAAUCGAUGCUUCGUUUUACUCGCUUUUAUGAAACCGAAAAAAAUACAUUUGAACGUGAUGAGAGUAGUACUGAAUAUUCCUGUGUAAUGAAAGAAGCAUAUGGUGAUAUUGAUGUUGUACAUAUGGGCCCACGAUUUGGGCCAAUGUGUGGUAAUGAAGUAGUUUAUGCUCAUACUAAAGGUCGUUUUCCCAAAGAAGAUAUUACAGUAGUUGUAUCAAAAGAUGGUACUUGCUGGUUUCAACCAGUAUCAUUUACAAAAAAAGGAGAUUUUAUUUAUUUUUCAAUGCCACCUUGCCCAUUUACACAAGUUCCUCAAGCCCAAGCGAACAUUACUAUAUAUUAUAAAGGAGAAGAACUUUAUCAAUUUGCUUAUAUAUAUACAGGAUCAUUGGAUCAAGUAUUAGCUGGACUCAAUUUGAAUGAUUCACCUGCAAUUCUUAAUGAAGCUUCAUCAUCAAAUGCAUUCAAUGCUUAUGAUUGUGUUUCAGCUACCGGUGUAUGUCCAGUUAAUUUUUCGUCCAAGAAAUCAUCAACAGCGAAACGUCCGAAACGUUUAAAUGUUAAAUAG